CGAUUCAUUCAGUUUUGUACAGUGAGUGUGUCGAGUAAGUCGAUCUUUCUCUAAGCUUGCUCUUCUUGUGUGGUUUUUUCCAAGACCAUCCGCCUCUAGAGAAAGAAAGAAGACCAGGCCCCAGGUUUCCAGCAAAAACCGAGCGGACGCAAAACCGAAUCACCUGAACACCCAAGCAAGCACAGCCAAAAACCAACAAAAGAUGGCCAACGAGGAAUACCCAGUGUACUCUCCCUUCUUCGGGGUUAUGGGAGCAGCUGCUGCAAUUAUUUUCAGCGCACUCGGAGCCGCCUAUGGAACGGCGAAGUCCGGUACCGGUAUCGCCGCCAUGUCGGUGAUGAGACCGGAAUUGAUCAUGAAAUCGAUCAUCCCCGUCGUCAUGGCGGGUAUCAUUGCCAUCUACGGUCUGGUCGUCGCUGUCCUGAUUGCCGGUGCCCUGGAGGAGCCAUCCAAGUACCCACUGUACAAGGGCUUCAUCCAUCUCGGAGCUGGUUUGGCUGUCGGCUUCUCGGGUCUGGCCGCCGGUUUCGCCAUCGGUAUCGUCGGUGAUGCCGGUGUCCGUGGUACUGCCCAGCAGCCAAGACUGUUCGUCGGUAUGAUUCUGAUCCUCAUUUUCGCUGAAGUCUUGGGUCUGUACGGUCUGAUCGUCGCCAUCUACCUGUACACGAAAUAAGCUGUGCCAGCCAUUGGGGCAGUCCGUUUCUAUCAUCCCAAACCCAUCCAUUCAUCCAUCGUUGGUCAUGGCAAGCAGGAGAGAGAGGCCAGAAUCAUCAUCGUCAACCAAACAACAACAAUUGUCAACAACAACAACAAAAAAACUCAUCACCAACACACCAUCAGUCUCAUAGCGUAGAAAGUUAGAACAAUCGAAACAGCCCGUUGGGCCUCGUCGUUUGGAACAUCUGGAACACUGCCAACGGAAGAACAGUAACAUCCCGUUUUUCCCCGAAUCCGGCAGUUGAGGUUUGUUGCCCCCACCAAAAGGUGCUUUACUGUAAAGAAAUAGGAAAACACCUGCGCCUUCGAUCGGACACCAUAAAAGCGCAGGGACGAUAUUUACCAAUUUGCAUCUAUAUAGUAUGGCUUUGAGAGAGGGAGAAGAAAAUUGGAAACUACGCCAGGACAGCGAACAUUUUUAUCUAAGAAAGCUAAGUUGAAAAAGUCGCCAAUAAUAUACCGAAGAAACAGAUCCAUCAGCUAGACAAGAGUAACAGAAUCGUGUGAGCGUCCCCUUCCGAAAAGUAAAACAAAAGACUAUGUAUUUACAUGUAAAAUAUUGUAUUUAAUUGUUAUACAAAACACUAUUAAUUUAUGUAAGAUGAAUUUGCCACUCCAAAAAAUGGAAAAGAAUUAUACAAACACACCCACUUAGAAUGAGUUUAAAAGAGCGAGUGCCGUCGGUUCAGCUGAGUUGAUAGCGAGUCCGGUUUUAGAUUGCCUAGUUAAGCUGAGUAAGUGAAACGAGACGAGUAGAACACAACACUGUGGUACAAAACUUAAAAGGUUAAUCUCUUGGAUUAUCAUCUGUCAAUCACGAACGAACAGGGUCCCUGUGCCCUCUCACAUUUAUCGCCCAUAUUGGACGACGUGGGAGGUGUUACGUUAUUCUUUAAAACCCCCCAGGGAACUUUCGCACUCUCGGAUCAGCAAAACCUGGCUCAGCAGCAGAAGACGCGCAUCAGGCUUAGGCAAAUUUCUCACUUAUUUUAGAGAGUAUUAUUUUGUUUUCAUGAUUUCCAAGGUUCGGUUAAAGGUUGUUAUGCAAUGAUAGUUAUGUUUUGUGAUGGGCGGCUCCUUCAAACGGGUCGCCAUGUGCCUCUCGAUCACCAUCUGCACCGUCACGCUUCUUCACUAGUGAGAAGUCCCUCAAAAUUAUUCUUUUCCUGAUUAUUCAUUCGGAAAUACGUUGCAAGAUCUGUUAGAAAAAAAAAACUUAAGAAAGGUUGAGUCUGUGAUAAAAGCUUCCAUCACUAACAACAAAACGGCACAGAAAAAAAAAUCUCACUAGAACGAAACGGUUCCUGCUAACUCAACCGAAUCAACAUCUUUUCCCAGAAACCAACAUCAUCUGUAGGAACUCAGUUUCGUGUGCUCAAAUAAGAAAAUUGAAAUAAAAGGUAACCAAUAGAAUUGUUUUGCUUAACUGGAAGUAGAAAGUCUCCGCGAGUAAGUUAAAUAACAUCGUAUAUUAUUGGGUCAGACUUGAAACACAGAAGAGAAGUUUCCCCUUCAUCUUCACGUUCGUUACAUAUGAAUCGUUCAUAAUCAUCGGUAAGACACAGAGAGAAAUUAUAUUAGUCAAAUUGGAACCAAUGGACAUCCUUAAACAGCUAACACAGAAUAGAAACAACACAGAACCUGUUCUAUAGUCUUACGAAAAAAAUUGUGUAUAAAUGUUCGUGAAUAUAUUAUUUUUCCUUCGCGUAGGUUGAGUUAGGAAAAUAUUGUACAUUACAAAAAUUGUGAUCAUUUACCAUUGUUGACAAAAAUCUUAACGAAUUCAGUCGGAAGCUACGAAAGAGAGAGAGAGAGAGCAGUCACCAUCAAUUGAAUGUUGAAAACAUCUUGGAGUGGCAAUUGGUCGACCAUCGUCAUCUGUACGACCGAUUUCUAAGCCUCCCAAAAGUAAAGACACACACACCGAUACAAAACGAUACAUCUCAAGCUCAUUGACAGCCGCCUGCAACAUCCCGGCUUCGUCAAACAAAAGGACACUUGAAAACAAUCAAAAAACAAAACAGUCCUCAAACACCGGACCAAAUGCUGGCACAAUCAGCUUCAGCCCGAAGAGUGAAAACAGGUCCCUGCACCCGAACCAAAACGUUUUGAUGCUGAAACGUGGAAGUCGUGUGUCACGAACCAUCUUCGGAUUUCAACCGCCAAUAUUCUGCACAACAUUCAGGGAACAGCUCGCUUCCGGACAUGUAUAAAACACGAUAGAAAAAACAUCUUUAAUCGGAAUAGAGGUCACUGUUUCCCCGUUUGCUGCUCUAGAAUGUUGCCGAGUUUGAUCAAGUCGUGUGAAGUCGAUUGUCCCUCAAGCAUUUGGAUACCAACUUGUCGGUGUUGGACCAAGUUUAAUCGCUAGUGUUGAUUAACAUCUUAUCGUAAUUAUUAUUGAAAAAAAAUACCAUCAAACAACCAUUCUACCACCAACAAGAAACCAACCAACCUGAACAUCCGGAUACUUGAAAAAAUAAAAACCAUUAACGUUUGCCAAGACAUUUGGAGCAAAACGGCGGAACAACAUCUCCCGGUUUUCUCCAGCCUUUAUAUUUUUUUUUGGUUUUCUUUAUCAUUUGUUGUGAGAGGAAGCUUUAAGAUCCUUAAAAAAAAACUUUUUAAUUGAUAAGUUGAACUACAAAACUACUACAAAUACACACACAAACAAAGUGAAAAAAGAAACUGAAAAUCUACCGAAAUGACAUUUGAAAUCAUCUGAGGAUAAAUUCAAUAAAUUUAACUGAAAACAAA